UGGAUGCUGCGGGACCCCAAGGCGCCUUUGAAGGCUCACGUCGCCGUCCCACUGGCCCUGCAGGCGAGAACGUUCUUUGAGGAUGAGACCAGCGGCCUGAGGCGGGCCUCCAUGGAGCUCUUUGGCCACCUCAGCAAAUUUGUUUCCAAGAAGUCAUCCCUCUUUGGGGCUGAGGUGGAGAAGAGCACGGGGACGCUGCUCAUCCACCUACAGGACGGGGACCCCCAGGUGGCCCAGGCGUGCAGGGUGGCAUUGCUGCAGUGCGCACCCUUCCUCAGCUACCAGCCCCUGCGUAUGCUCGUGCGGAGCCAGCUAGCCGAGGGGGCGGCCCCUGCCAUCCCCGCCUUCCUGAGCGAAGCCUGCAGGAUCCUGCUCCAGGACUGCCCAGGGAGACUGAGCAAGAAGGCUGCCCUGAGAGCAGCAGCUGCCCAGCAGCUGAUAGGAUACAUGAUGGACAAUUGAAGCCAGAGAAGAGCAGGAGGCUUGGACCGCCCACCCUGCUACAAAGAUUCAGGCGGAGAGAAAUUCCGGCAUAGUUCUUCCCGCAGGUCUAGCUACUUAGAUGCUCUGCUCACACAGGCAGGCUGAUCAUAUGGGCUGGACCAUGCUGCUGCCACUAUGGAGGGUGGGGUGUAAAACAGCAGCUGACGUAGCCUAGAUGGGCGCAUACUCACUGAAGAUGCUCAGACCAAACUUGGGUCAGGAUGCAAUGCUGAAACCGUCCAGCAGAGGGUGCGACCGCAGGAGUAAUGGCCAGAAGAUGUCCCCAUAUAGACAAGAGAGCACUUGCAGAGACCUGUGAGAAAGCAGGAGGAUACCCAGGUUACUGCCUUGCAGAGUUCCGGGAGGGAGGGGUCUCUUUCUCACCAAGAUCGACCCGAGCUCUGAUCUCUAGGGCAGGAGCCUUUUAUUUGGCUCCACAGGCCUCACUCAUACACCUGCCAACCAAGCAAGGCUUUCGAGCUCAGUUUGCACCAUAC